AUGAGUAGAAACUCAAGAAGAAGAAAGGAUCCUGUUGCGACCUUUACUAAUGCUGAUGAGGUACAAGGAGAUGAAGGCUGCAAUAAAAGCUUAAUACCUUUCUCAUCUCCAUAUUGUAUGGAGCCACAUCGGAUCAUCGAACUAAUGGAAAUAAUAUUUGAAGAUACUUUGGAGUCUCCGAACUUACAGGAGCAUAUCCAGAUGGUUAAAGGUAAAUUAUAUGAAAGAGAAUAUAUAUCUGCUUUUGACGGCGAGGAGAAGAGGCUUGCAUAUGCAUCAAGAUGGACCCCUGCGAGAGCUCUUUCGUACUCUUCUCUAUUUGCAACGUUAGCCCCAAUUCGAGAACUUUUAAAAGAACUGGAAAAUAAAAAGAAGGUGCUUUGCGUCGGUGGUGGAGCGGGCUCUGAGUUGGUGGGUCUUUCUUCUGUGUUCUGUCGAUUAAAAGAAUACAAUCCUAAUUCCAAUUCAUCUUUAGAGAUUGUCAUCGCUGAUAUAGCUGACUGGAGCUCCGUAGUUACAGAUAUGACUGAGUUCUUGAAACAAAAUUGGUUAUACAAUCCAGCCAAGCUAAAUACUACUUUCAUGAAUAAUGAUGUCUUGGACGAAUCUUCGAUUUUGGCUCUUCCUGAUUUUGACCUACUCACAAUUUUGUUCACGACUAACGAACUCUUCAGCGAAAAAAAAAGUGAAACUAUUAAAUUUUUGCAUAGACUAAAUUCGCAGUGCAAAAGUGGUUGCUACUUGUUGAUAGCCGAAAGCGCUGGCUCGUAUUCGCAUAUUACUGUUGGCACGAAGACUUUUCCCGUUCAAUUCUUAAUCGAUACUAUCCUACUUGGCAGGCCCGGUCAAAAAAAUGGCUCAUGGAGACUUAUAGAACAAUCAGACAGUUGUUGGUACCGAAUAGAUACCAAGGAAAUCAACUAUACAAUGAAACUUGAGAAUAUGAGGUUCUUCUACAGGUUAUAUCAGAAGAAUUAG